GGUACACAUUGGACGGAUGUCAAUGUUUGGUAACAUUGAGAGAAACUUCUUUUUUUACGUCGACUGGACCACGUGGAGAGUGUCAGCUUUUUUUUUAUCAAAUAAUAUAUAAACUUAAUUUCUUUCAAGUACGUAGACAACAGUUGAACUAUGAGACCAAAACGUUUAGCAGCUUCGGGUGGUCCUCCAGCCAAACAGCAACGUGGCCUGGACACCGAGGGCAAAGCUCAAAGGGAACUUGAAGCUCUGAUUAAGGAACGCAAUGAGCUCAAAUGCAAGCUAUCCAAUGCCACGUACGAGGCCGACUUGCUAAAGUCGUCCUCGUUGAAAUUGGAGGAGGCAUACAAUAGUUGCAUAAAAGGCCUACAGGCGGGCAUGGAGGUCCUGACGAAAAUGCUGGCAAUUGACAAGUCACAAUUUGCGUUGAAUCAACUGGAUCUUAUAAACAACAAGUUGGAAGAGGUGCUGAAGCAAACGAAGGAACUGUGCCAGCAGCUGGACGAGGUGCAGAAGCCCCUCCUCCAACCCGAUCGCCACUGCGAAAAAGAGCAAAUCGCUAGCUUGACCAAAGCACAGACAGUGCUCGUUGAGGAAUUUGAACAGAAGCUGCUGCAGCGGGAUCAGAUGGAGGCUAAGCUUCAGACGGAUCUAAAACGUCAGGAGGAGACCUAUUUGCAGCAAAUCGAUGAACUGAAGACGCAAAUUGAACAAAAGGACGCCACUCAAGUCGAUCCCAAUUACAUAACUUGCUCGAUUUGCCUCGAGACGUGGGCCUCGUCUGGUAGCCAUCGCGUGGUCGCUCUGGCAUGUGGACACGUUUUUGGGGACAUGUGCAUUCGCGUGCAUCUGAAUCGCUCGAUUGAGUGUCCUUUGUGCCGUGCGCCCGCCGACGCCAAGGAGCUGCGUUAUCUAUUCCUGGAAGGCACCCAUGCGGCACAGAACUAAUUCCCUUCUUUGCAUUCAUCAUUUAUCUAAAGUAUUUGAAUAUUAAAUUUGGCAUACAUAUCUGAACGUA